GUAAAUUCUAGUACAGGAGAAUCAGGAUGAAAAGAUGGCAGCCAUGCUGUUACCAACGGGUCCUGAUGGCUUGCGGCGGUUCACUCGCGAAUCCUUGGCUGCCUUGGAGCAGCGGAUUGCCGAGGAGCAGGCCAAGAAGGCCAAGGAUUGCCACGAGACUCACAGGAACGCAGAGCCACCAAAACCCAGGGCCGACCUGGAGGCAGGCAAGCAGCUGCCACGCAUCUUCGGCGACAUCCCUCCAGAACUUAUCGGGGUGCCACUGGAAGAUAUCGAUCCGUUUUACUACAAGAACCAGAGGACUUUCAUCGUACUCAACAAAGGGAAGGCCAUCUUCAGAUUCAGCUCCACGUCUGCACUUUACAUAUUUACACCAUUUCACUUCAUCAGAACAAUCGCCAUAAAAGUUCUAGUCCAUGCGUUGUUUAGCUAUUUCAUAAUGUUCACCAUUCUGACCAACUGUUUCUUCAUGGCCAUGUCUGACCCGCCAACAUGGACCAAAUACCUGGAGUAUACUUUCACUGGCAUUUACACUUUCGAGUCAGCAAUAAAGAUGUUUGCGAGAGGAUUCUGUAUAGUGCCGUUCACCUUCCUGAGAGACCCGUGGAACUGGCUGGACUUCACUGUCAUCGUCAUGGCAUAUCUAACAGAAUUCGUAGACCUUGGAAACGUCUCUGCAUUAAGGACCUUCAGAGUACUACGAGCGCUGAAAACCAUCUCAGUCAUCCCAGGUCUGAAGACCAUAGUCGGAGCCCUGAUCCAGUCGGUAAGGAAGCUGGCGGACGUGAUGAUCCUGACCGUCUUCUGUCUCAGCGUCUUCGCCCUCAUCGGCCUGCAGCUCUUCAUGGGGCUGCUGCGACAAAAAUGCAUCCGCAGCCUCGCACACUGCAUCAACUCGUCGUACAGCCCGAACACAUCCUUCAUCUGCAACAACAGAACCUGGAGCUCCCCUGCAGACUUCCUCGGCAGCGAAGAUAAUUUCUACAAAGUUGAAGGAGCAAAGGAUGCCUUAAUAUGUGGAUACGGAAAUGAUGCUGGGAAGUGUCCAGAUGGAUUUGACUGCCUCAAAGUGGGAAGGAAUCCAAACUAUGGCUACACCAGCUUCGAUACCUUCGGUUGGGCUUUUCUGGCACUUUUCCGGCUCAUGACACAAGACUACUGGGAAAAGCUAUUUCACCAGACUUUGCGCUCAGCAGGGAAGACCUACAUGGUUUUCUUUGUGCUGGUAAUCUUCCUGGGUUCCUUCUACCUGGUCAACCUGAUCCUGGCUGUCGUGGCCAUGGCUUAUGAGGAGCAGAACCAGGCAACUAUUGCCGAGGCCUGGCAGAAGGAGAGGGAGUUUCAGCUGGCUAUGGAGCACCUCAGAAGAGAGCAAAGAUUGGCAGCAAAACGACAAGCACAGGAGACGGACUCAGUGUUGUCCCCAGAGCUGUCUCCAUUCUGUGUGAAGACAGGAAGUAUACGACGAGGCAGCAGCAGAAGAAGAAGAUCUCACAGGACGCUAUCAGAGGAAACAGGAGAGGCAGCUGCCGAGGAGAAGUUGGACCCGCUGGACGAAGUAAUGCCUCCUCUGUCUCCGAUGCCGGUCCACCCUCUGCUGGCCACGCUCUCCUCUCAUCCCCUCAGCACCAGGAGAGGAAGCCAGAACAGCAUCUUCAGCUCCUUCCGGGUUCGUAACAACUCUGAGGCCGACUUUGGGGACGAUGAGUACAGCGUUCACGGCGACGUCUUUAGGAGUCGCACCAGUUCCACCGCAACGCACUGGAAGAGGAGGACGGGCAGCGUGAGGAGCCACUGCUCCCAAGUUUUCACCCCCAGCCUCAACGUCAAUGGUCGACUCAACAUCUCCUUAGACCACAACGGAGUGACCGCUGUGGGUCUGCAUACGCCGACAUCCAUGCCGGCUUACAGCAUGGAGAGAGUUCAAGAAGACUCAAUAUUUUCUGUGUGUCAUAAGCCCACCAGUACAGAGGAACCGGCUCCCAGACCUAUCCUCCAGCCGUCCCCUACGGUCACAGAGCCUCCUCCUCCUCCACCGCCAAGAAAAAGAGGCCUGAGCUCCGUCAGUUUCCUGAGUGAGGCCAUGGAAGAGCUGGAGGAGUCGAGGCAGAAGUGUCAUCCCUGCUGGUACACAUUCGCCAAGAAGUAUCUGAUCUGGGACUGCUGCCCCUGGUGGCUGAAGCUGAAGGACUGCGUGAAGUUCAUGGUGAUGGAUCCUUUCCUGGAUCUCGGCAUCACCAUUUGCAUUGUGCUGAACACCCUCUUCAUGGCUCUGGAGCACUACCCCAUGACCGAUGAGUUCAACACCAUGCUCUCAGUGGGCAAUCUGGUUUUCACAGGCAUCUUUACAGCUGAGAUGGUGCUGAAGCUGAUCGCCCUGGACCCCUACUACUACUUCCAACAGGGCUGGAACAUCUUUGAUGGCGUCAUUGUUUGCCUCAGUCUGAUGGAGUUGGGCCUCUCCAAUGUAGAAGGAUUGUCUGUCCUGCGAUCUUUCAGAUUGUUACGAGUCUUCAAACUGGCAAAGUCGUGGCCAACUCUCAACACUCUCAUCAAGAUCAUUGGCAACUCGGUGGGUGCUCUGGGAAACCUGACACUGGUGUUGGCCAUCAUCGUCUUCAUCUUCGCUGUGGUUGGCAUGCAGCUGUUUGGAAAGAACUAUCAGGACUGUGUGUGUAAGAUCUCCAUUGACUGUCAGCUGCCUCGCUGGCACAUGAAGGACUUCUUCCACUCCUUCCUCAUCGUGUUCAGGGUGUUGUGUGGCGAGUGGAUCGAGACCAUGUGGGACUGUAUGGAAGUGGCCGGGCAGCCCCUCUGCAUCCUGGUGUUCAUGUUGGUCAUGGUCAUAGGGAACUUGGUGGUGCUGAAUCUGUUUCUGGCUCUGCUGCUCAGCUCCUUCAGCUCUGACAAUCUCUCCGCUCCAGACGAAGACGGAGACUUGAACAAUAUUCAGAUCGCCAUCGCCCGCAUCAACGCGGGCAUCUCCUGGCUCGGCACAAACUUCAUCAACCUCUUCAAUCAAAGCCUGAAGCGCCGAAAGCAGAAACCCACAGAAGUCAGUCAGGACGUGAAGCCGGUUGCAAACCACGUGGAAAGCAAUGGGGGAGUUUUUGGACGCUACGGAGAGAAGUACGUCAUACCAGAGGAGGACAGCUACAUGACCAACCCAAACCUGACUGUCAUUGUUCCCAUCGCACCGGGAGAAUCAGAUGUGGAGUUUCUGGAGGAAGAGGAGAUUUCAGAAUCAUCAGAGGAUGAAGACGAGAAAGAGAAGAUCAGCCUGUCGGAGGGCAGUACGGUGGAUCUGAGGAGGCCUGGAGAGGAGGCAGACGACUUCUCAGAACUGGAUGAAGAAAGUAUGGAGCCAGAGGAAUGUUUCCCAGACUUUUGCAUGAGGCACUGUCAGUGCUGCAACAUCGACACCAGCCAGGGUCUGGGCCAGAUGUGGUGGAGGCUGAGGAAGACCUGUUACCAGAUCGUGGAGCACAGCUGGUUUGAGACGUUCAUCAUCUUCAUGAUCCUGCUCAGCAGCGGGGCUCUGGCAUUUGAAGACAUCUACAUUGAGAAGAGAAAAGUCGUAAAGGUGGUGUUGGAAUACGCUGACAAAGUCUUCUCCUACAUCUUCGUGCUGGAGAUGUUCCUCAAGUGGAUCGCAUACGGUUUCAAGAAAUAUUUCACCAACUACUGGUGCUGGCUGGACUUCCUCAUUGUGGAUGUGUCCUUGAUAAGCCUGGUAGCAAAUUCACUGGGAUAUUCAGACUUUGCUGCCAUCAAGUCCUUGAGGACCCUCCGGGCGCUGAGACCUCUCCGGGCUCUGUCCAGAUUUGAGGGCAUGAGGGUGGUUGUGAACGCUCUCAUAGGAGCCAUCCCCUCCAUCAUGAACGUGCUGCUCGUGUGUCUAAUCUUCUGGCUCAUCUUCAGCAUCAUGGGAGUCAACCUGUUUGCCGGCAAGUUUGGGAAGUGUGUGAACAGAACAGGCUUCAUCCACAGCGUCUCUCUUGUCAACAACAAGUCUGAGUGCCUCUCCAUGAAUGACACCCAGUUCUACUGGACAAAAGUCAAGGUCAACUUUGACAAUGUAGGACUUGGCUACCUUUCCCUUCUGCAAGUGGCUACAUUCAAAGGAUGGAUGGAAAUAAUGCACGCCGCUGUUGACUCAAGAGGAGUGGAGGAACAACCCGUCAGAGAAAUCAACCUCUACAUGUACCUCUACUUUGUGGUUUUCAUCAUAUUUGGCUCCUUCUUCACCCUCAAUCUCUUCAUCGGUGUCAUCAUUGACAAUUUCAAUCAACAGAAAAGAAAGUUGGGUGGACAGGACAUCUUCAUGACUGAAGAACAGAAGAAGUACUACAAUGCUAUGAAGAAAUUAGGAUCGAAAAAACCUCAGAAGCCAAUACCAAGGCCAGCGAACAUUCUCCAAGCAUUCUUCUUUGACCUGGUGUCCAAGCAAGCCUUCGACAUCAUGAUCAUGAUGCUCAUCAUCGUUAACAUGGUGACAAUGAUGGUGGAAACCGACGAGCAGUCGGAGCAAACAGAGUCCGUCCUCAACAAGAUUAACCUGGCCUUCAUUGUGAUCUUCACCACCGAAUGCCUGAUCAAGAUCUUUGCCCUUCGUUGUUAUUUCUUCACAGUCGCAUGGAAUAUUUUUGAUUUUGUGGUGAUAAUUCUCUCAAUUGUUGGGAUCGUUCUUGCUGACAUCAUUGAGAAGUACUUUGUGUCUCCAACCCUUUUUCGAGUCAUCAGACUAGCAAGAAUAGGACGUGUACUUCGACUCAUACGUGCAGCCAAAGGAAUAAGGACUUUACUGUUUGCCUUAAUGAUGUCCAUGCCUGCACUGUUCAACAUUGGCCUCCUGCUUUUCCUCGUCAUGUUCAUCUAUGCUAUAUUUGGUAUGGCAAACUUUGCCUACGUGAAAAAACAAGAUGGGGUCGACGACAUGUUUAACUUUGAGACCUUUGGGAAUAGUAUGAUCUGCCUUUUUCAGAUCAGCACCUCUGCAGGUUGGGACAACCUGCUGAGCCCCAUAAUGGCCAGCUCCCCGGAUGAGUGUGACCUUAACUUUAUCAAUACAGGCACCAACACCCGGGGAAACUGUGGCAGCCCCUCCAUGGGAAUAGCUUUCUUUGUCAGUUACAUUAUCAUUUCCUUCCUCAUUGUGGUAAAUAUGUAUAUAGCCAUCAUUCUGGAGAACUUCAGCGUUGCCACAGAGGAGAGCACAGAACCGCUGAGCGAGGACGACUUUGAAAUGUUUUACGAAGUUUGGGAGAAGUUUGACUCGGAGGCCACACAGUUCAUCGAGUUUUCCAUGCUGUCGAACUUCGCAGACACGCUGUCGGAGCCGCUGCGCAUUGCGAAGCCCAACAAGAUCAAGCUGAUCGCCAUGGACCUUCCCAUGGUCAGCGGAGACAGGAUCCACUGCCUGGACAUUUUGUUUGCCUUCACAAAGCGUGUCCUGGGAGAGUCCGGCGAGAUGGAUGCCCUCAAACAGCAAAUGGAGGAGAAGUUCAUGAUGACAAACCCCUCGAAGAUUUCCCACGAGCCCAUCACCUCCACACUGCGCCGCAAGCUGGAAGAGGUUUCCGCCAUCAUCAUCCAGAGAUGUUAUCGGAGGCACCUGGUGCGCCGGCAGAUGAAACAGGCGUCCUACCUCUAUAGACAAAUAAACUAUGAGACUGUAGUGGAUGUGGAGAAUGCUCCAGAAAGAGAGGGUCUGAUAGCCACCAUGAUGCAGCACUAUAGGCCUGUCGAGACGGAGGAUGUACAGCUACCAGAGGAAACUCAAGUGUCCUCACCGCCGUCUUAUGACAGCGUGACCAAGGCAGCCUGUCUAAGCGUCCCUAAGGUGGUCAGAUCAAGAUCCAGAGACUCUGAACUCGGGGAGCCUGGUGAAAACUACGAGGAAACUUUCCUUUGAGAGUCUAUUGUGUGGAGUGUGAUUGUAAUGUUUUGUUUACAGCAGAGAAUAUAAAUCAAGAAAACUAACGGUCUAAGAGAUGAAAUUUUUUAAAAUAUAUUUUAGCAGAUGCCGAAGAAAUAUGCAAUAUUUUUUAGUAACUCACAGCUUCUGUAUAAAUGAAAUAGCCCCACUAUCAAUUAUGUCACAUAGUCGCAACCUUCAAGAGAGCGGGUGGACGUUAAUCUUGCUCGCACGUCGACCUGAAAAUUUAUAUUUUUCACUUUUAAACAUCAAGAUAUGAUACUAGAAAAAAUGGUGCACUCUAUUUUUAUUUUGUGUCUGAACAAAACUGUCAAUUUGUUUUUUAAAAAAAGCCACAAUGUUUGCAGUUUUUAGCACAUUGUUUUACUCUGAACAUCACCUUGACCACAUUAAACUUUUGUAAACAUCAAAUUCUUAAUUAGAAUUUUCUAGUAAAAUAUGACAAAAAUAUUUAUUAGCUGCGUUUUUUCCUUCUUAAUACGACUAUACAGUGUGACUGUAACUCUUCUUGGAGCAGUGGUUCAGAAAUGUUGGUUGUCAUUAGCAUGAAAGCUAGCUUGUCAGGUUGCUAAUUAGCUGCAUCAAUUGAAAUGAUUUUACCAAAAAUUUUUUUCACAAAAUCGUGGAGCACAUGUACAGCGACACAUGUACCAGGAACAAAAUAUAUCUCACCUCAAGGAAAACGACAAGAAAGACGCUAAAGAAACAAGCAAAAGUUACAAUAGUGGCCUUUGGAAAGCAUUUUUCAUCAAAUAUUAUACUGAAAGUGAGGCAAAGAGAUCAAAAUUAACAAACAUACUCAAGUAAUCAACAAAAAACUACUUCAGCUAAACGUUAGCAUUUCUUCUAAGGCGAAAAGACAUGAGAACAGUUCAAAAAAGAAGACUGAAACACUUGUGCUACUAAACUUUGUGGUGAAAAAUAUUUAUGAAUAAAAGAUUUUUUCACAUUUUUAACAAAUGCAUAUUCAUAUUUUGUGCAAAUAUUGAGAUGUCUUGAUGCUAACAUGCUCUAUAUUACAAGCUAAUGUUGACUGUGGUAGUUAUUCAGGCAAAAUUAAAUUUAACCAAAGCUAAAAUUUACUCAGAAACUAUUUGAAUAUUUUACACUGUAUUAUUUGAAGCCAAAAUCAUUGGUCAUAAUUUAAUAAAUUUUUAAAAUAAUUUUGAAUGUGCAGCACGUCCAUGAAAUUAUCUUUUUUGUUUAUGCACUGUCAGGAAGUGAAACAGUGUUGACCAGAGCAGAUUCAUUCAUGUCAUAACACUAAAAAAAAGCACAAUUUUUGGUGUGUAUUCUUUUUUUUUUUUUUUUUUU